GACCUUCCACAUGCAUAUCAUGACCUUAUAACUCAUUAUUUUUCCUAUAUUAUACCCCACAUUCACUUACCCUUCCACAAUCCUUGCAUGAUUAACCGGCCUUUAAUCUAUAAAAAUGACCCUAACAAUUUGAUUCUCUCAACAGUCAUAAACUCAUUGUCUGUUCUAUUCCAUUCCAUUUCGUUUACAUUCUACGCAAUGGCGUCUCUUGGAAACCAACUUUCUUUCUUAUUGUUAGUACUUUUCCUCUCACCCCAAAUUCAAGCAAGAGAAGGUAAAUUCUUUAGUUUCUUUUCUCAUUUCAAAACCACUCACAAAGUUGAAGAUCCUCAAUUACCAGCACCGACACCUGCACCGACAACAGCACCAACACUGGCACCGGCACCAGGACCAACACUAGCACAAGAGCCAGCAUCAGCACCAGAAAUUGGAACAACUACUAUACCAUCAGGACCAGCACCGGAACCCGAAUUUUUAGUCGAAAAGGAGGGACAUGGUUACGGUCUCUAUGGCAUUGAUUCUAGCCAAUAUUCUUCAACCAAGGAAACUCCAAAAACUAUAACAGACUUUGAAAAUGAGCUUCUUAAUGAAGAUCUCAAUGAUAAUAAGAGCUACAAAAAAGGAUAUCCUCAAACCAAUCUCCACAACAACAAUGAAGUUUACACAAAAAACUACAACAAUGAAGAGUACAACCACAACAAUGAAGAGUACAAGAACAAUUACAACAACAACAACAAUGAAGUGUACACAAAAAACUACAACGGCGAAGAGUACAAGAACAAUUACAGCAAUAACAACAACAAUGAAGUGUACACAAAAAACUACAGCAAUGAGGAAUACAAGAGCAAUUAUGGCAAUGGUUAUGAGAGGAAAAGAGAAGGAAUGAGUGACACAAGGUUUAUGGAGAAUGGAAAGUACUCUUACAAUGUAGAUAGGGAAAAUGAGAAUUAUAAUAAAGAAAAUGGAUAUGAAUCAGGGAGAGGAAGUACUGAAAAUGAAGGUAACUAUGAAAAAAACCAGUAUCCAAAUGAGUUUGAGACAAUGGAAGAGUAUGAGAGACAACAAGAAGCACAAGGUUACACAUUCAGCAAACCAUGAUGAGUGUUCUGUUCUUUUUUUAUAUAUAUGACAUACAAAACAAGAAAAUAUUAAGUAACGAGAUAAUUGUGAUGCUUUAUUUUCAAGUUUUAUGCAUCCAUGAUCUUGCACAGUUUCAUGUUUUUCUGUGUGAGGUUCUAUUCUAUCUUCUUUGUGGAAACUAUUUAACAUUUUGUGUUAAUGUAACAAUCAUUUUGUGUUAAUGUAUUUAACAAUCAGAAAGCACAA